GAUUAAAGAUUAUUUUUAAUUGAAUAUCAUUUCCUGUGCUUUAAUUCAGGUUUCCGAUGGAAUAAUUGCUCCAGGCUAUGAUGCAGAUGCCUUAGAGAUUUUGAAAAAGAAAAAAAAUGGAACAUAUUGUGUGCUGCAAAUGGACCCCUCUUACAAACCAUCUAAGCUGGAGAAAAGAACUCUCUUUGGUCUCACACUAUCACAAAAGAUCAAUGAUGCAGUUAUCGAUAAGGAGCUCUUCACAAAUAUUGUGUCUAAAAAUAAAACAAUUCCUGCCGAUGGUAUCCGUGAUUUGAUUCUCGCCACUUUAGCUGUGAAAUAUACUCAGUCCAAUUCUGUCUGUUAUGCAAAAAAUGGUCAAGUAAUUGGGACUGGUGCUGGACAGCAAUCACGUAUUCACUGUACAAGAUUAGCAGGCGAGAAGGCAAAUAUUUGGUGGUUACGCCAUCACCCUAAAGUACUACAAAUGGAAUUUAAAAAAGGUGUAAAGCGGGCUGAAAUUUCUAACAUCAUUGAUAAUUUUGUCAGCGGUACAAUUGGGAAGGAUAUGCCUCUUGAAAUAUAUCAGAAUUCACUUGUUAAUCCACCUGAUCUGUUAACUGAGGCUGAAAAAGCAGAGUGGAUCAAGCAGUUGAAAGGGGUAACACUGAGCUCCGAUGCCUUCUUUCCAUUUAGAGAUAAUAUAGAUCGUGCUUAUCAGAGUGGUGUUUCCUAUGUGGUGAGUCCCGGUGGCUCUACAAAUGAUACUUCUGUGAUAUCUGCCUGCGAUGAGUAUGGAAUGGUUUUGAUUCACAGCAAUCUGCGCCUUUUUCAUCACUGAAUAUUUCCAAUGUUCUUGAUUUGAGAGCUUAUGCCUUUGACUAUGUACUUUAAUAUUUUAUACUUUUGAUAGAAGUCUUUUUUUAAUAAUUUGCCUAGUUAAAUGGAAAAAAAUAUGAUGUUAAAUAUUAAAAUAUAUUUUUCUAUUUUAGAAA